AUGGCGCCCCCUCUCCCUGACAAAUAUAGGUCACCGUCGAUCCCACCAUAUGAUGGUCGAGGGGAUCUCGACGAUCAUUUGGAGAUGUACACAGGACACAUGCUCUUACACGGGAGGAGACUCAAGGAGGUCUCAGAAGGACUACGCCCACGAGGCCAGGGGGUUUACCAGGAAAGGUUCUGGAGCGUCUCUGCUGCAAAAACCCCAAGAUAUAGCCACACCGACGUGGCCUUUAAUGAGGACGACGCCAGCGGAGUUCACUUCCCCCACAACGACGCAUUGGUGGUGGAAUCCAUGAUUGGGAACCACACUGUGUGCCGAAUCCUGGUAGACAAUGGGAGUCCGGUGGACCUCCUAUACUCCGACUGUUUGGAAAAAAUAGGGAUCCGAAAGGAACAGUUGGAAAAGACCUCCACGCCAUUAUACGGUUUAACCGGGGACUCCGUCAUCCCUCAGGGGACUAUCCGGCUGCCCAUAAUCGCAGGAGAGAAACCUCGACAGACUACGACAAUAGCCAACUUUGUGGUAAUAAAGGGAGGCUCCCAGUACAACGCUGUAAUCGGGAGACCAACCCUUCAGGCGCUAAGGGCAAUAACCUCCGUCUACCACUAG